UGUAGCAGUGUCAGUGCCGUGUGUGCAUGGCAAUUCAUCGGAUAAGAACCGAGUCGGCCUAGAAGGUUACUACGGCAACGGAGCCCUAGCAACCGUUUCGGGCCUAGAGCUGCAGCAUCCUUAGAACUGAGUGGUAUCCCUGCAAGGUCUCUGUAAAAUGGCUACGGAUAUUAAAGACGUUAGCGUUUGGAAACAAACAAAAACACUUCUGUACAAAAAUUAUCUUGUGAAGUGCAGGACAAAAAAUGUCAGCUUGCAGGAAAUUCUUUACCCAUUUCUUUGGUGGCUUGUUGCACUUGUGUGGGUCAGCGUGAUGAAGCAAAGUAAAUCCCAUGAGGAAAUGGAAGCCAAGGUGAUGGGUCCUCUUAGCAAACCAGUCAGGUCGUCCCUUAAAGUUGGAUACACACCAAUAACUAAUGCUACUGAGUUCAUCAUGGAUCAAGUGUUAUCCUCGAAGUGUUUUACUAGAGAUUUUACUUUCAUACAGUUUGAGGAUGAAGAGAAACUAAAAUCUGAAACAUAUACAUUCAACAGUGCUUAUAUUAUAUUUAAAGAUUCCAUGUCUUACGAACUUACCUUUUAUUCUGACUCUAAACCGAUAUCGACGUCGUAUACAAGCUCUAGAGAAGAUUGUGAUCAAGGGGAUUGUGAUUCCACAUCAUAUUACUACACAGCAUUCACAGCAUUGCAAGCCUGUCUUGAUGCCGCCAUAAUCAAGCUGAAAACAAAUUAUUCUGUUUGGGAUGAGCUGAAGGAGACUCCAGUGGUAAUGAUGAAGGAACAAGCCGCGGUGGAAGUAUACACUUUUCAGUAUGCUCUCAUGGCAGUAUUCCUGGUAAUGGCCUUUUCACCAUUUGGGUACUCUGUAGCAGUUCAUGUUGUGGCUGAAAAGGAAAAGAGGUUGAAAGAGUUUAUGAAGACAUUGGGGUUGCACGACACAGCUUUCUGGUUGUCUUGGGUUGUCCUGUAUACAGCCCUCAUGUUAAUCAUAUCUCUGCUGAUGGCCAUUAUAACAACUUCUAUCUAUCCGUUCAAUAACAGCAACUGUUAUCUGAUCUUCAUGCUCUAUACUAUGUAUGGCAUAUCUCUGAUUUUAUUUGCUUUGAUGCUGACUCCUCUGUUCAAAAAAUCAAAGCAAGCUGGAGCAGUUGAAUUCUUGAUCACACUAAUAUUUGGAUCUUUGGGCCUCUUCAUCUUGAUCAAGGGAGAUUUUCCUAAAUCUUUUGUAUGGUUUCUCAGCCCAUUUUGUCACUGCACAUUCAUGAUUGGCAUAGCCCAGGUGAUGCAACUAGAGGACUUUGGAGGAGGUGCUCAUUUUUCAAAUCUAAAGGAUGGUCCAUAUCCCCUCAUAAUUACCUUUAUUUUCCUUGUUGUGGACAGUGUAAUGUACCUACUUUUGGCUACAUAUCUUGACCAGGUUCUGCCAGGAGAAUAUGGACUUAGACGGCCACCUCUGUUCUUUCUUAAACCAUCAUACUGGUCAAAGAAGAGUAGAAACUACCAAGAAUUAAGUGAGGUUCAUGUCACUGGGUCGAGCCAAAGUGCUGUGGUGGAAGCCAUGCCAUCCGAGUUUCAUGGAAAAGAAGCUAUAAGGAUUAACUGUCUUCAUAAAUCAUUUAAGAAGAAAAACAAGCAGAUUGAAGCCCUUCAAGGGUUUUCAUGUGACAUGUAUGAAGGUCAGAUAACAGCUCUGCUUGGACACAGUAGCACUGGGAAGACAACUCUUUUAAAUAUAUUAUCUGGACUGUGCCCACCCAGUAAUGGUAUUGCUACUAUAUAUGGCCACAGAGUUACAGACAUGGACGAAAUUCAAGAGCUGAGAAAGGUUAUGGGAACUUGUCAACAAACAGAUAUAAAUUUUGAUGUUCUCACAGUGGAAGAAAAUCUCUCAAUAUUUGCCUCACUAAGGGGCAUAGAUAAUAAAACCAAAGAGCAAGAGAUAAAUAAAAUUCUAUAUGAUUUGGAUAUGCACGCAGUGAAGCACAACCAAGUCAGUAAACUGAGUGUUGGCCAAAAGAGGAAGCUAUCAGUGGCUAUUGCUAUACUUGGGGACCCCAAGGUUUUACUUUUGGAUGAACCUACUGCAGGUAUGGACUCUUGCUCCCGUUAUACAGUUUGGAACCUUCUGAGGAACAGGAAGAGCAAUCAUGUCAUUGUUUUCAGCACACACAUUAUGGAAGAAGCUGAUAUACUAGCUGAUCGAAAAGCAGUUAUUUCACAAGGAACUCUCAAAUGCGUUGGUUCAUCAUUGUUUCUGAAGAGCAAAUUGGGUGUGGGCUACUGUCUAAGCAUGGAUAUCGAGACCUUGUGUGAUGUCAGCCGUUUGACUGAGCUAAUUAGAACUCACAUACCAGGGGUAUGUUUAACACAGCAGCGAGAAACAUCUGUUCUCUAUUCGUUGCCACUUCGAGACAUGGAUAAGUUUCCAGGACUGUUCUCUGCUCUUGAAAGCAAUACCGACCUUGGUGUGAUAACAUAUGGGGUUUCCAUGACCACUUUAGCAGAUGUAUUUUUCAAGUUGGAAGUUGAGGCUGAAAUUGAUCAGACAGAUCAAGGUAUACUUAGUCAACAAAAGGUGGAUGAUGAGACAAAAUGGAAGUCCAUGGAGGAGAUUGAGCAGAGCUUGCUGCAGUUGCCAGAGACGGAUGCUUGCACAGUGAGCGGCAAGUCACUAUGGAAGCAGCAAGCAUUCACAAUAGCCAAGCUUCAUUUUAGAAAUCUGUUUAGAGAAGCAAAGUCUGUACGACACGUGUCAUUUUUCUUCUUCUUAUUCUUAAUAAUUGAGGUUGCUGUGUUUUUCAUAGUCCGAUACAACAGAAAAAUAGUAUCCCUCAUUAGACUGUCUCCAGAUGUGUACUUUUUGCAUCCGGGACAGACAAGCUAUAAAUAUCUGACAAGCCUCCUGGUACAGAACUCCACAGGUACAAAUAUUGAUGACUUACUUAGCGCCUUCAACAGCCAGAGAAUAAAAGUGGAAUUGAUCAAUGGAAGCAACUAUGCAUCUGUGUCGCCGCACAACGCAGCUCUGAAUGUACAAGGCAUAGGAAAGAAUUAUACAUUUGAAAUUAAUUUCAAUAGAACCAUGGUGUAUAUCCUACCUGUCCUCAUCAACACCAUCAGUAACACUCUGCUGAGGCUAUAUAAUGUGACCGACAGCAUCAACAUAUGGAGCAACCCCUUCAUACAGGACACUAAUGACACAUCUUUUAGAAUCUAUAUGUUUGUUCUGGUUACGUACCUCGGAAUGACAUCUUCAGGCAUGCUCCCGUAUAUUGCCAUGCAAAAUGCAUUCAACCACAAGGUGAAAGCUUACACUCAGCUGAAGAUGGCCGGUCUAUACCCAUCAGCAUACUGGAUUGGACAAGCAGUAGUGGAUAUGCCUUUCUUUUUCCUGAUCCUAAUUGUAAUGAGUGGGAGCUUGUUGUUUUUUGACAGUGGGAUUUCUGUUAGUGCUGUAACAUGCGUAUGCGUGAUGUUCUGUCUCAUUGGCUACGUCCCUGCUGUCAUACUCCUGAGCUACGUGGCAUCUUUUACCUACAAAAAAAUUACCAACACACGGCAGUGCUGGUUGCUCAUCUUUGCAAUAGCAGCAUUGAUAUCAAUUACUGUCACUGAGGUAGCAUCCAUCAUAGGGAAUAAUCUAAUAGCAACAGUACUUCAUCACCUAUUUUGUAUAUUGGUGCCAUUGUACCCACUAGUAGGCUGCAUAAAUUGCUUCAUACAGAUGCCGUGGAAAGCUUCUCAUGUCGAUGGAAACAAUUCUGAUCUUCUGGGAAAGCUGCUGGUGUCCGUUGUAUCACCAUACAUUCACUGUGUGAUUCUACUAUUUAUCUUGCGUUUCUUGGAGAUAAAGAAUGGUGGGAAAUCACUAAGAAAGGACGUGAUAUUCAGUGAUCGCAUGAAAAAGAAUAAGGUCUGGAAAUUCACAGAGGCUCCAGAUUUUGAAGAUGAGGAUGUGCGAGCAGAGAGAGCCAGAGUGGGAGAAUAUAUGGCACCAGAGUACAAUGAGAAACCAGCAAUACUGGUCAGCGGCUUGCACAAAGAAUUUGAUGAAAAGAAUAAAAAAAUUCUUGGGAAGACCAUGAGGAAGCUGGUUGCAAAUAACAUAUCCUUUUGUGUGAAAAAAGGAGAAGUAUUAGGCCUUGUGGGACCCAACGGGGCCGGAAAAACUGCCUUACUAAAUAUUAUGGUGGGACAAACAGAGCCAAAUGCAGGCCAGAUACAGAUAUAUAAUUCACCAGCCAGCCAGUUGGGGUGCAGACCAAUCAAGUUCAUAGGAUAUUCUCCUCAGAUAAACCAUCUGUGGCCUGAGAUUAAGGUGCAGGAGCAUCUUGAGAUCUAUGGUGCCAUUAAGGGCAUGAAAAGUAGUGAUCUGAAAGAAAUCACAAGAAGAAUAGUAAACACACUUGACCUGAAGGAACAUCUUCAGAAACCAGCAAAGAAGCUCUCGGCUGGAACCGUUAAGAAGCUAAGUUUUGCACUAACUAUGCUGGGCAAUCCUGAUAUUGUACUGCUAGAUGAACCAUCCACUGGUAUGGACACCUUUGGCAAACAGCACUUAUGGAGGGUGAUUCGUUCUACCUUCAAAGGCAAAGAGCAAGCAGCUGUCAUAACAACACAUUAUAUGGAUGAGGCUGAAGCCAUCUGUGACCGGGUAGCCAUCAUUGUCUCUGGACAGCUCAGGUAUAUUGGCUCAGUACAGCACUUAAAGAGCAAGUUUGGCCGCCACUUCUCGUUGGACAUGAAACUUGAAACAGAAGCUGGGAUUCAGAAACUUGAACUUCUUCACAAGGAAGUCCUCGAACUCUUCCCCAAUGCAACCCGCCUGGAGAGCUUUGCAUCAUUGUUGUCUUAUAAAGUUCCUAAAGAAGAUGUACGCUCUCUCUCUGAAUCAUUCUCAAAACUUGAACAAGUAAAACGUGCUUUUAACAUUGAGGACUAUAGUUUCUCUCAGUCUACACUGGAACAGGUAUUUCUUGAACUUGCUAAAGAGCAGGAAGAGGAAGACAAUAUUACUACAAUGAAUAGCACCCUUUGGUGGGAGAGAAGACUAGAAGACACAGUUGUCUUCUAAACACUGGUAUUUCCAGCAACAUUAGUGUGAUAACUAGUCUAUAUAAUGCUAUGAUCAGCUCCCUACCACAGGAACAAGCAUCGUGAUCUACAAGGAAUGUUACUCUGCCUGUCAAGAGAGACUGCACAGGAAGAAAUUAAGGAGAGGAAAACACUCUCUGACAACUUCCUUCGUACUUCUGCUUCUGUAAAUACAAUUAUUUAAGUUAUUUUAUAGGCAGACCCUUGAAAAAACUUGCUAACAGGCAACAGGUUCAGAAGAUAUUAAUAUUUAAGUUAAUGGAAAUAAUGUGUACAGAAUAUGCACUAUUUCACAAAAUACAAAAGGGAAUGUUUGUUUCAUCCGUAUCAUCAUUAUUGAAUGUUCUUUACCAUUAGUUACAUUUUAUGUUCUAUUACUUAGACAUCAUACUCCAUUAAAAUAUUAUAAAGUUAAUUAAAA